AUGUCCUGCCCACGUCCACCCUCCCCAUUCCAUCUAUUCACUCCCAAACCCCACCCCCAUCCCAUCCCGCCCACACUCCAAUUCCCUCCCCGUCUCUCCUUCCCUUCGCCCCCCCCUUCCCAACCAACCCUCCCCACCCCGUCCUCCCUCGCCCCGUCCUCCUCUCUUCCCGUCUCUCUUCCCACCUCCACUCCUUCUUCCCUCGCCACUCACUCACUCACUCGCUCAUGCCCUCGCUUCGUGUUCUGCCGCCCCGCCCCAUACAAGGCGUUUGACGAGGUGGACGGGAUAGAGGUGGCGUGGAACCAGGUGAAGGUGCGGGACGUGUUCCAGUCCAAUGAGGAUCUCGAGAGACUCUAUAGCGAGGUGCAUCUGCUCAAGACCCUUCGCCAUAAGAACAUCAUCAAGUUUUAUAACUCCUGGGUGGAUGCCAAGACCAAGAACGUCAAUUUCAUCACAGAGGUUUUCACCUCUGGCACGCUUAGACAGUACCGCAAGCGGCACAAGCAGUGCGAUGUGCGGGCGGUGAAGAGCUGGGCGCGGCAGAUCCUGCGCGGGCUGCUGUACCUGCACUCGCACGACCCGCCCAUCAUCCACCGCGACCUCAAGUGCGACAACAUCUUUGUCAACGGGCACCAGGGCGAGGUCAAGAUCGGCGACCUGGGGCUGGCCGCCAUCCUGCACCAGCGCGACGCUGCGCAUAGUGUGAUCGGCACCCCUGAGUUCAUGGCGCCGGAGCUGUACGAGGAGGAGUACAACGAGUUGGUGGACAUAUACGCGUUCGGCAUGUGCGUGCUGGAGAUGGUGACGCUUGAGUACCCCUACAGCGAGUGCACCAACGCCGCACAGGUCUACAAGAAGGUCACUUCGGGCAAGAAGCCUCUGGCGCUGCAGCGAGUGAAGGAUACAGCACUGCGCGAGUUCAUAGAGCUCUGCCUCGCCUCUGCCUCUCGCCGCCCACCAGCUCGAGAGCUUCUCAACCACCCUUUCCUCGUUGAACCCCACCGGCCCUCCCCUGGCCUUGCCUAUGCCUCCUCCUCCUCCUCCUCCUCCUCCGCUGUUUCUUCUCCCACUCUCGCUGCCACGGCGCCGCCGGUGGUGCCUGUGCCGCGCAAGGGCAGCGGGGGGGCAGUGUCCGAGCUGGGAUGGGGAGGGGUGGCGGAUAAUGCAGGGAGAACUGCAACGGGGAGGAUAGAGCACGGGGCGAUGAUGAGUGAACGGGGGUAUGACAGUGCAGGAGGAGGGUGGGAGCAGAGCAGCGGCAGGCGCCUUAAGCCGUCCCAAAACGUGGCUUCUAUUGCUCGGUGGGAUGAUUCAGCUGAAGAGAGGGGCGGGAAGAUAGUGGGGGGGCAUGAAUCGCUAGGGUAUACAAUUCAUGGGCAGCAGCAGCAGCAGGUGGAGGGGCAGCAAGAGGAGGGGAAGCAAGAGGAGAGGCAGCAAGAGGAGGGGAAGCAAGAGGAGGGGCAGCAAGAGGAGGGGAAGCAAGAGGAGGGGAACGGCGAGGGUGUGUGCACGCAGCAGCAGCUCCUCGACCCUGCCUGCGUGUGCCUGCGCCUGAGAGUGGCGGAUGGCAAAGGUCGCUCGCAGGUCAUCCAGUUCCCCUACAGCGUCGCCUCCGACUCGCCCUCCAGUGUGGCGCAUGAGAUGGUGGAGGCCUUCUCUCUGCCCUCCUCUGCCGUCCAUGCCAUCUCCUCCUCCAUUCACCACCAGCUGCUCGCUCUCCUGCCCUCUGCCGCGCUUGCUACUGCGGCUUCUGCUGCUGCUGCUGGGGAGGGCGGUGCUGCUGGAGUUGACCUUUCGCCGGCUGCUGAUGGUGAUGGUGAUGGUGAUGGUGAUGGUGAUGGUGAUGGUGAUGGUGAUGGUGAUGGUGAUGGUGCUGGUGAUGGUGCUGGUGAUGGUGCUGGUGAUGGUGAUGGUGAUGGUGCUGGUGAUGGUGAUGGUGAUGGUGAUGGUGAUGGUGAUGGUGAUGGUGAUGGUGAUGGUGAUGGUGAUGGUGAUGGUGAUGGUGAUGGUGAUGGUGAUGGUGCUGCUUUUGGUGGUGGGCCCUCACCACAUGCUGCAGCGGUGGCAGCUGUUGCUGGCAGUGCUGACGCUGCUGCUGACGCUGCUGCUGAUGCUGCUGCUGAUGCUGCUGCUGAUGCUGCUGCUGAUGCUGCUGCUGAUGCUGCUGCUGCUGCUGAUGCUGCUCCUGCUGUAUCCGCCCCUGCCACCCGUAAACCUCUCACCAGCCUGUCUUUCCCUUGCUCUACUGUCACCACGCAUGCGUCUUCUCAUUCAAGUACCGCUAGCGUCUCACAGGCGGAAACGACUGCUACCACUGCUACCGCCUGCCUUCCUGUUGAUGCUUCUGCCACCACCACCCCUGCUGCUGCUGCCUCAAUCACUGCUGCAGCCACAACAGCAGCCGCAACAUAUGGAGCAGGGGCAGGAGCAGGGGAAGGAGCAGGGGCAGGAGCAGGGGCAGGAGCAGGGGAAGGAGCAGGGGCAGGAGCAGGGGCAGGAGCAGGGGAAGGAGCAGGGGCAGGAGCAGGGGCAGGAGCAGGGGAAGGAGCAGGGGCAGGAGCAGGGGCAGGAGCAGGGGAAGGAGCAGGGGCAGGAGCAAGGGAAGGAGCAGGGGCAGGGGCAGGAGCAGGGGCAGGAGCAGGGGAAGGAGCAGGGGCAGGAGCAGGGGAAGGAGCAGGGGCAGGAGCAGGGGCAGGAGCAGGGGAAGGAGCAGGGGCAGGAGCAGGGGAAGGAGCAGGGGCAGGAGCAGGGGCAGGAGCAGGGGAAGGAGCAGGGGCAGGAGCAGGGGAAGGAGCAGGGGCAGGGGCAAGAGCCCUUGUUCUCUCUCUUGUCUCUCCCACAUCGACUUCUGCAGCAGCAGUAGCAGCAGGAAGUGGGGACUCCUCGCUCCCUCCAGACUCUCCCUUCACACUCGCGCCCACCUCCUUCACCCCUCCUCUCAUCCUCCCUCCGCCUCUCUCCACAGCCUCUUCUAACGCCACUAGCACCUUUGCCUCUGCCCUCGCCUCUCCCCACUCGCCCAUGUGUCAUCCAAAUGACACCUGCGUCUGUAGCAGCAGCAGCGAUACAGCGGUGAUUGCCUGUGCCACGUCUCCCGGGAUAGACAGGGACAGUGGGGCUGUCGAGGGAUUGGGGGGCGUGCGCGAGGGAGAGGGAAUGGGAAGGCACGUGAAUGAAGACCCUGAGGGUGGUUGGGCAGGUGCGGAGGAGAGAGGGAAGGAAAGGAGUGAUUUUAAGGAGGAGGUGGAGACGGGUGACAGAGUAAAAACUGCUUUGCUGGCAGACCAGCAGCAUGACAAGGGGGGUGAGUUGAUGGGUGGUAUGGGCGUGGCCAACACUUGCCUUGUUUGCAAGGAAAACGAUACCAAAAACAUUGCCGGAAAGUGGGUAGAAGAGAGGGAGGGGAGCGCCAAGACAGAGGCUGGGGAUGGUGAAGACUCAGGCCAGUCAAAUAGUGUGGUUGUGGUGGAAGGUGACUGUACCGAAGGCUCGUAUGGAUGGGGAGGGCAGGCUUGUAGAGAGGGUGAUUACAAAACGAGUGCGUAUGAUUUGGAAAGGAUUAUUUCUCUAGAUUCUGAAGGAGACAGGGCAGCGGAGCAGGGAGGCAGGGGCCAGUUUGGUAGUGUGGGAAGAGAGGGGAGCAUUGGAGAGAGCAAGAGGCGCAAUAGCAUCCAUGGCACCUGCGACAGCGGCAAUGAUCGCAGUGGCGGCAGCAGCAGCGGUUUCAGGAGGAGCAGCAGCAGCAGCAGCAGCAGCAAGCAGGUAGAGGAGGAGCAUCAGGUGCUGCAAGGGCGCCUGCUGCAGUGGAGUGAGCGGCUUCAGACGGGCGAGAGGAGGCAAACGAGAGAGAGGAGUCAGACGGGAGAGACGAGUCAGUCGGGCGAGAAAGGUCAAACAGGGGAGAGAAAGCGGAUAGGAGAGAGGGUUUCAAGUGCAGCUGUGGUGGCAGAUUUAGAUCCAAAGAAGAGUGUGGCGGUGCUGAAAGAGAGUGAAACUAUCAGGGUGGAUACUCAUACUGGCGCUGGUGCCGGUGCUGGUGCUUCUGGCGUUGAUUGUGAGGUGGAGAGUGCGGAACGGAAUGGUUAUCUGGGCAUGCAGGGAAGGGAAGCAUGUGAUACGUGGCAUGUUUGUGCAAGUGAUGUGGGAUUGCAGAGCGGGGAGAGGGUGAAUGGAAUAGAGACGGAAGAGAAGAGGGAGGAGAUGGAGGAGCGGGAGAUGUGGAAGGAAGUGACGAGGGAGACGAGAACGGGGGAUGAGGGAAAGGGGGGGCGGUUGAAUGGGGAGGGAACGGGGGAGGAGGAGAAGAAGGAGAAGCAGGAGGAGGAAGGGAGGGAACCGGAGGAGAGGGAGGAGUUGAAGCGCCGCGAUGCGGCAUUGCUUCAGGAAAUGGAGAGGGAGAUCGAAAGUGUGCGAGCUAAGUACAGAGAGAGGAGGGAGCAGCUGCAUGCAGCGUGGAGAGAGAAGAGGGCAGUGAGGAUACGAGGAGAGCAGCAGCAGCACCACCAGGUUUCUUUGAUUUAA